AGCCCGACCCGUCCGAGAGCGUCAUAUGACGUCAUCUAGCCGUCCGGAAGCGCCCCCACGUGUCCGCCCACCUCGGUUCUGGGACCUCUGAUCCCGGUGUCACCCACCAUGGGUCGCUCCCGCCGUACGGGCGCGCACCGAGCGCACUCCUUGGCCCGUCAGAUGAAGGCGAAGCGGCGGCGGCCGGACCUGGAUGAGAUUCACCGCGAGUUGCGGCCCCAGGUCGCCGCACGGCCCCGGCCAGACCUAGGCGCUGAACCCGAUCCCGACCUGCCAGGGGGCGGCCUGCAUCGCUGUCUGGCCUGCGCGAGGUACUUCAUCGAUUCUGCCAACCUGAAGACCCACUUGCGAUCCAAAGAUCACAAGAAGAGGCUGAAGCAGCUGAGUGUGGAGCCCUACAGUCAGGAAGAAGCGGAGAGGGCAGCGGGCAUGGGUUCCUAUAUUCCUCCCCAGCGGCUGGCAGUGCCCACAGAAGUAUCCACUGAGGUCCCUGAGAUGGACACGUCUACAUGACUUGGCCUGAGGAUGCGAGGCAGAGGAGCUGCCCAUGGACAGUGGUACAGGAGCCAGGCUGGGAGAGACUGUGCCAAUCUCUUUUGGUUUGGGGAGUGGAUGGCCGCUUCCAGAUACCCUCCCUUCCAAUAAAGGAAAUGUAUAAAUAGG